CCGCAGGUGCGGACGACAACGAAAUUUCAGGCCCCGCGGAGCCAGCCAGCUCUGGAGAGGGGAAGCGGAGGUGCGGUCCUGUGGCACUCCCAGGCUGAUGUCCCAGAGUGUGACCUGUUAGCCAAGAAGCAUGGAGGUAAUUCAGGGCAGGCCCUACUGUUGCAGGGAGCUUGAAGGAUCUGACAUCUUGUCAGACACCUUUUACUCUAAUGAAUUGCACACGCCGCUGCAAACUACUACUCGCUCGACUGCCUCUCAUGCCAGGUAUGAGUUAAGGGACACAGUCCGCGAAUGCAGGCUUCCAUGGGGCGCUGGAAAAGAAUAUGGUGGGAUCAUGCCAAUUUCACUCCCCGAGGAGUACAGGCUAAAAUUCGACCCUCCUUAUGCCAUGGGCAAAGGACAUCUACAUUUUGGAUUUGGGGGAGACACCUACCCAAGAAAACUUUCUAUGGAACAAUUCUAUCAUUUGACACAGAACAGAAAAAGUGACAUCUAUGGAAAUGAUUCUUUGUUACCCAAACCACCUAGUUCAGCAAUUGGGGAGACCUGCCUACCAUAUCCAAUUGAACACCCUUACCAUACACACAUACCUCGUACUAGCAUGUUCCCAACCUUCACGUCGCCAAAGGACCUCUACACUGGCAUCAAAGCCCGCACCCAACAGCCCUUUCCUCCCACUGUGCCAACCAAGCCUUAUGAUACAACCGUUUUGAAGAUAAAAGGUCAUCCUUACAGAUACGAACUGAUUGAUAUUCCCACAGAUUCAAAGAAGAAAGCAUUGACUUGGCCAGGUCAGGGUGUAUAUUAUGAUUUUCCUAAAUGUGUUGAGAAAAAUAAGCCAAUAUUCUACCCGAAACCUCCUAAAACCUUCGCUCCUAACACUUCUUUAAAUUCAUGGGACCCUAUUAACUCAGCAAAAGAAGCCAACAUACAAAGAAAUCUUGAGAGGUCCCACUGGCUCACUUCAUACACUCGUGAUUUUACAGGUCUGGGGCCCAUGAACCCCCUAGAACUGGAUGAUUUCCAUGAAAAGGAGGUAGCAGAGUUAACUGGACAGAUAGGAUUUGACCCAGAGCCUCAAGAAAAAUUCCAUCCUAUCUUAAAACCCCCCAGACCUUUAGAAGGACGGAUUGCCCGACUGAUUCAGAACCGACGACCCCUGGAGGCCAUUGUCCAGGAAAGACCUUAUGGCUGUCCAGAUUGUACACCUAGAGUUUUGUGUAAUUUUCAUACGUUUGGACCCACUUCUACAGAAAUGAUAGCUCUUAGGAAUAAAAUAGCAGCCGGUGUGACCCAUAAAGACCAGGAAGAGAAGAUUAAAGAACAAAGCUUGCAAUCUACCUGUGCAUACACACCUUGUUACACAACAGAUCCAAGGAACAUUUACAACAUAAAACCAUAUCCAAAAAUCACAGAUACUAAAAAGACAGAAGAUUUGUACUGGAGACAGUUUUUAAAGCCCCAACCCAUACUUUACUGUAAAGCAAACGAUUACAUUCCUUAUGACCAUUUUAAAUCUCACAUCCGUGAUACACAUACUAUGUGUCCAAACCAUCUUAGCUUUAGUAAGUCUAAUAUUUUACAAAAUGAAUCAGACACAGAAGCUUUUGCUGUAGACCAUUUCUUAAGUAAACCAGAAGAACAGGUGGACUUGAACAUGGAAACUGAUGAUGAAACAAAACCUAUUUUGACCUGGAUUCCUAGAUCUGAAGUGGCCAAGCCUCAGAUCAACCUAUUGGACCUUAAGAACUCCUUUUCAAAAACUAAGGCUCAAAAAUGUUUCCAUAAAUCAACUGUAGAAGACCAUAAAGACCUCAGGGAUAAGGAGAAUUCAGGAAUGAAACACCAAUUCUAUGGCUAUAAUUCCCAUUAUUUCUAUAAUUGAGAUAUCCAUCCUUCCCUUCAAAACCUAAUGUUUCACAAGAAAAGAAAACACACAAAAGAAUUUCCUUCAUGUUGUUUGUUGCUGGAUUUCAUUUUGUAGAUUAGGCCAUAAGCACCUGGUUAAUAAGGUUUAUGUUUUCAGGGAUUUAAGUUAGAUCUGGUCAGAGGA